AACAUUUAGUAACCAAACGGUCCAGCCCCCAUCAAACCAACAUCUUUUUCAUAUUUAUAACAUAGCUUUUCCCUCCCCACGCAACUUCAACCAAUAUCCCAAAAAAAAAAAGAAAAAAAAAAAUUACAUCUCUUCACUUCACAUCACACCAUGCAUCAUCAUCAUCUUCCAUGCAAUCGCAAACCCUUCACAACCAUCUUCUCCUUCUUCCUUCUCUAUCUCAAUCUCCAUAAACUACAAACCAUCGAAUCUCGAAACCCAACUCAGUUCACGAACAACCCAACCCCUGACGUUUCUAUACCGGAGAUCAAACUUCACCUUCAACGGUACGGUUACCUCCCUCAAAACAACGACGUCGACGACGUUUCGUUCGUGCAAGCUCUCUCUCGUUACCAGAAAAAUCUCGGUCUACCGAUAACCGGGAAACCUGAUCCCGACACGUUGUCACAUAUUCUAUUACCAAGAUGUGGAUUCCCUGAUGACGUGGUGGACCACAAAACGGCACCGUUUCACACAAGAAAAAAAUACGUGUAUUUCCCCGGGCGUCCCAGGUGGACAAAAGACGCCCCACUGAACCUCACGUACGCCUUCUCGCAGGAUAACCUAACUCCUUACUUGACACCAACAGAGAUACGGCGCGUGUUUAGACGCGCUUUCGCCAAGUGGGCUUCGGUGAUCCCUGUUAGCUUCGUCGAGACAGAGGACUACGUCGACGCCGACAUCAAGAUCGGAUUCUUCGCCGGAGAUCAUGGCGACGGAGAGCCGUUCGACGGCGUUUUAGGUGUUUUAGCGCACACUUUCUCGCCGGAGAACGGUAGGCUUCAUCUGGAUAAAGCGGAGACGUGGGCCGUUGAUUUCGAUGAGGAGAAAUCAAGGGUGGCCGUGGAUUUGGAAUCUGUGGCGGUGCACGAAAUAGGUCACGUGCUUGGACUAGGGCAUAGCUCGGUGAAAGACGCGGCUAUGUAUCCAACGUUGAAGCCAAGGAGCAAGAAAGUGAAUUUGAACGUGGACGACGUCGUUGGAGUACAGUCAUUGUACGGAACAAACCCUAAUUUUACGUUAAGUAGUUUACUUGCGUCAGAAACUUCGACGACCAACCUAGCUGAUGGUUCGAUGAUGCGGCCGUCUGAAGGAAUCAUCUAUUCGACUUUGACUACUGUUAUGGCGGCUCUUUGUUUUCUUAAUUGGUAGGUUCGUAUAGACUGGAUACAAUUUCUUUAUUAAAAGAAAGGAAUAUGAUUAGUUCAAAGUUCAAACAAAUCUGAAAAUGUAUAGAAUCAUACACACAUAGGAGACUGGUUACACUUUUAUGUUUAUGUUUUAGUUUAAAAUGUUUAAGACUAUUCCAUUUAACAACAAGGUCCA